AUGUCAUCGUCAAUACCAUCAUCAAAAGGACCUAUUGAGACGUCAAUAGCGAAGAAACUUCAAGAUACAUUUAAACCAACUUUCCUAGAAAUUCGCAAUGAUUCGCAUAAACAUUCAGGCCAUCAUGGUUUGCGAGGCGCUUCAAAUACUACAGAGUCACAUUUCUAUGUGAAAAUGCAAAGUGAAGAAUUCAAUGGGAAAAAUUUACCCAGUAGGCACCGAUUGGUUUAUAAUUUGUUAAAUGACGAGUUUCAAAAUCAUGGAUUGCAUGCAUUGCAAAUGAAAUUAAAAGGAACAAACGAGCCAAUAAAUUAA